AUGAUUCGUAAAAUUGUGACCUCUCUUAAAUAAUUUCGAAGAACUUAUGAGGAUCAAAAACUAGGUAGGCAACUUGUUGGAACAGAUCCACAUGGCAACCUCUACUAUCAAUACUAUGAUUAAAAUGGAAAACCAACUAGAAGGAUGAGUGAGAGAACAGACAAAAUGGCACCAUUUGUAGAUCCAUUAUGGGAGGAAUGGAUAAGACAUAUUAGAGACAAACCAUACACAGAGGAGGAGAGAAUGGAAUUGGAAAAAUAAUAAAGAGCAUACAAAACCAAAGUCAAUGAGUACGAGUAGAAGGAUGCAGAAAUGAUGCAGCAGUUCAAGAAAUCAAAUAAAACUUGGAAUGCUAAUAAAAAAUGA